AUGGGGCGCCGGAAGGCACGACACGAGCGAGGUCUUUCGAACCUCCUUGACGUUGAUUUUUGGAGGCGCGUCCUCGGUUUCGACCCCAACGAUUUCGACGAGGAUGUCUACGCCAAUGACCAAGGCCAACGCCCACUCAUUCUAGUGUUCCAUGACGGCGGCAGCGACGAAGCGAAACUCAAGAAUAUUGGCUGGCAACCCUUCAAGCACGGCGCGGCGAUCGCGACUUUAGACACCAAAUGGAUCCUGGAAGACAAUCACGAAUUUUCGGGAUUUCCAAAGGGCCUGUCUGAUUUGGUUGUCAAAUUCGAGAUUCCGAGAAGAUUCGAGUGGCAGCAACCAAACCGAAAAAAAAGGGAAAAGAGUCGUCCGGGGCCACCACAACGCCGGCAAUGA